AUGGAUGAUUACCUUGCUGGGCCGCGGGGCCUGUCGGACGCCAUUGACACGUCAAUUCCCGCCUCACCCGGCUCAAGCAUUGCUGGCUCAUCCCGUGGCACCAGUGAGCCGGCGGCCCUGUCCCAAAUCUCGCUAGAUAUAGCCGCUAUCUCUUCCAGCAUGCUCACCAGGCGAGAUAAAUCUGAAAUGGUGGCCAAGCUGCGGGCGGUGAUCAGGGAGGAGAUUGCCGCUGUGCGUGCGGAUCUCACUGCCCUGGAGCACCGCGUGGACGCCUUGGACGCUGAGCGCCUUCAGAACUCCCAUCGGCAGCAAGCUGCAGAACUGGCGACCACCAGGCAGGGGAACCUACUCCUAGAUCUAUGUCGUCAGGUCGAAGACCUCGACAAUAGAGGUAGGCGGAACAACAUUAGGAUCCGGGGUUACCGGAGGCUGAAGGGGAGCUGCCACACGAACUGCUCACCGGCUUGUUCUCGCACCUGCUGGGGGAGGCGGCACCAGAUGACUUCGGCAUUGAGAGGGCGCAUAGAGCUCUGCGGGCGCCCCGGCGUGAUGGGCUGCCGAGGGACUUGA